ACCAAUUCACCCCUUCGUCUCCUCCUCUCAUCUCCCUCCUCCCCACUGAUCUAGGUUCUUCCACCGAUCUAGGGAGAGAGUAAAAGGGGGAGAGAGAGAGAGAGAGAGUGAGCGAGAGAAGAGAGUGUGAGGAGGCGAUCUAUAUACCUCGAUGUCCAUGGCUUCCUCCUUCGACGCCUUCGGAAGCGACGGGGACGAGGUGGUGAGGUCCUCGGUGCGCCCCUUCGACGACGACGGGUACCUAGGGUACGACCCUCGCCUCGCCUCCCAGCGCUUCGACGGGUACUCCGGUUUCGGCGCCGCCGCGGAGGAUGAAUCCAAGGACACGAUCGAGAUCGCCGACGAUCCCAACCCCGGCGGCGCCGGAUUCGACGAGAUCCAUGUCCGCCACGUCUCCGGCGACGUCGGCAGCGGCGGAAGCUUCCCUCCGUCGCCGGAGCCCUACGGGUUCCGAUCCGAUCCCAUCCCGGAUUUUUCCUCGUCCCCGUCCCGCUUCUCGAUGCCGGAAUCGAACGGGAAAGCUUAUGAAGAGGGCGAUAAUGGCGACGUCUUUGCUUCCGAUGGCCCGAUCCUCCCUCCCCCGAGCGAGAUGCAGCCCGAGGAGGGGUUUAUUCUGCGGGAAUGGCGUCGACAAAAUGCUAUCCUUCUUGAGGAGAAAGAGAAGAAAGAAAAGGAGUUGCGUAACCAAAUCAUCCUUGAAGCUGAAGAGUAUAAGAAAGCUUUCUAUGAGAAAAGGAAGCUGAAUCGCGAGACAAACAAGGCUCAGAACCGAGAAAAGGAGAAGCUCUUCCUAGCCAACCAGGAGAAGUUCCACGCCAACGCAGACAAGCAGUACUGGAAAGCUAUAGCCGAGCUUGUCCCGCACGAGAUAGCCAACAUUGAGAAGAGAGGGAAGAAGAAAGAUCAGGAGAAGAAGCCGUCUGUUGUGGUCAUCCAGGGCCCUAAGCCCGGCAAGCCCACGGACCUCUCCAGGAUGCGCCAGAUACUGAUUAAGCUGAAGCACACCCCUCCGCCCCACAUGAAGCCCCCACCCCCACCUGCCCCAGUCGCCAAGGAAGGAGCUCCUGCAGAAACCGCAGCAGCUGCUGGGAAAAAGCCAACCACGCCAACCAAAGAAACCCCAGCAAACGGUCCCCCGGCCAAGGAAAAGACCCCCGCUACAUCAACUGGCCCUGCAGCCCCAGCGACCAAUCCAGAUCCCGCUGCCUGAGAAAAAGCGAUCAUUGCCAAAUAGCACUAUCUUAUAGCAAGCCACCGGUUGGUGAUAAUAAGCUUAUAUUUAAGCUUUUGAAUUACUGGAAUCAUGAUGGUAUUAUGCGAUACUUAGAUGCUAUCUUAUCUGAUUUACGAAACUUCGCUUGCCUUUUGUAGAGAUAUGGCAUUAGUGGUGUAGGAUUGUAUUCCGAGAUGUUAUUUUUACUAAGAUGUGAAUGUGUGGUGAUGAUACUCUCGUGUGUUUGUUCUACUGUGGAUCGUAUGUGUCCCUACAACCUUUGCCCGGAUUUAGUUUAAUGUUUUCUCUUUAGUGGUUCAGAGAUGGUUGUGUAUCCAACUACAUGUUGUUAUUCAUCACUGAGGGAUGGUUGUGUAUUCUGCUGUUAUUCAUCUUACACUGCUUCAUUUGUAACUGCCCCACUCGCACACUGAUGUUAAUAAACUUUGUGGGCUUUAAAUCUCUGGUUCCUAGCA